GGGCAGCCUUCUGGACCGGCUUGGUGUUGCUAGGACCCCAGGAUGUCUAUGCUCGCUGAACCCCGGAGGAAACAGAAGUGGUCAGUUGACCCAAGGAACAGCGCCUGGAGUAAAGAUGACAGCAAGUUUGGUCAGAAGAUGCUGGAGCGAAUGGGCUGGUCCAAGGGCAAGGGCCUGGGGAGAAGCGAGCAAGGCGCCACAGAACACAUCAAAGUCAAAGUAAAAAAUGACAGCUAUGGUCUUGGAGCCAAUGCCAGUCAUGAGGAUAACUGGAUUGCCCAUCAGGAUGAUUUCAAUGAGCUUUUGGCUCAGCUGAACAGUUGUCAUGGUCAAAACGACAAUAAUGUAUCUCCUCCAGAGGAGCAAAAGGGGUUUAGCCUGGAAGAGAAGUCCAAAACUGCCAGAAAGAGGGUCCAUUACAUGAAGUUCACUAAAGGAAAGGACCUUUCUUCUAGAAGUGAAAAAGAUCUCAACUGUAUUUUUGGAAAAAGGGGUCUAUCCAAGGAGCAAGAUCAGGAGAGCAACAGCAGCGAAUCUCAAGAAGAAAAGGAAGAGACCGCGGUUAUAGCACCGACCGGGCUUGACACAGAGUCCAUCGCAAACACGGUCACCAGCACCCUCACCAUGCAGGAGUACUUCGCCCAGAGAAUGGCCCGUUUGAAAAAGGCUCAUGGACAAGCCCCCACCUCAGACACAAGUGAGAAGUCUGGUGAAAACAGCCCUAUGUACGACGCCAACAACUGCAGCAUGGAGCCCAAGAAAAAGAAAAAGAAAAAAGAUAAUAAAAAAGCAGCAGAUGAAGCUGAAGUAUCUGAGAAGUGUGAAGCUCCUGUAUCAGAGGAACAGAAAUUACUGGAGCAGAGAAAUCCAGAGAAGAAAAAGAAGAAAAAACGAAAAAUGCUUGAAAAUGAGCAACCUCUGACCCCAGAAGAAGAGCUACUGCCAUCCAAAAAGAAAAAGAAUAAGAAACAUAAAGACGAGACGGAACAAAUAAAUGGACAUUUAUUGGCUGAAGAGGACAACGUGCAGUCUCAGGUUAAUGAGAAACAGAAACAUGAUAACCAGGUGGAAAGUGUUUUUGAAAAGAAAAAAUCCAAGAAAGGCAAAAAGGGGAAACACAAUCUGACAUAAUGAAAUAAAAUUCAACAGUAAUAUAAUCUUUUUCAUCCUAAACAAUUUUUUAGCAUGCAGGAAAGAUUUUUUCCUAAAAAUAUAUACCAAUAUUAAAAAAAUGUUGCCAUAGUCAAAGAUGAAAUUAUACAUUAUGAAUACAUUAUGAAUUUUUAAAUUCUUUUGAUGAAAUUGUUUAAAAUGUCACUUGACAACUUUGUAUUCAUAUAGUUACAUCAUAUUUUGAAUGGUAGAUUAAAUGUAAUGAAAUGCAAAUAUCGUCGACUUUGCCCACUCACAUUCAAGAUGAAAUAAACCAAAAUGGUCUUCAUAGA